AUGGGCGACGACGGACGCCUGAAGGAGCGCGGCCUGCCGGGAGGAAAGCACGGGCACAAGAAUCCCGUGAAGGGCCUGCUUAAAGGUGGGAGGAAAAAGUUCCAACAGAUCACAGGAGGCAGGAAGGGGCAAAAUGGCACAAUGGGCCGGACACCCACUCCUGACAGGCAAAUGAAGGACAUGUUGCUGAACAUGGGCCAGCCGAGCGACAAAUUCGCUCGGCACGGUGGGCCAGGGAUGGUUUAUUAUGGGGCUGCACUUGAGGAGCUUGAGGAACAGCGGAGAGAGGAACGGUUCUAUGAACAGCAGCGAAGGUCCACGCCAUCACCCUUGGCAGAAAGCGAGCCCCGGUUCAUCAAGUUGCAAAAUGGGAACGUGAUUAAGUUGCCAGGCAGCUUCACUGGAUACCAUUCAGAUGAUGAAGGCAUGUCACAAGCACUGGAGGCCUCGAAAUCAACGCUUUCCAGUGACAACCUCCUUCGUGAAGCCCUCAGCCUUCGGUUGGACCUUGAGCAAGAGCUAGAGGACACACUGGCAAGAAAGGAAGAGUUGCUGAGAUGUAGAAGGCGCAUGGACACGGAAAUGCAAAGCCUAGGGCAGUCGGAUAUGUUUGAAAAGAGUGUCAUGGAAUACUCAACAAGACACAAAGAGGUCACUGCAAAGCUGCGAGAGACAGAGACGACUAUCAGCCCACUGCAAACCGCAAUCGCCGAUCUCCGGCAGGUGGAAAAGUUCAUAAAGGAACAACAUCUUGGGAAUGAGGAGGCAGCCAUUGUCUUCCAGGACAUCAUGAAGAAAAUGUUCGAUGAUUUACACCUCUCCCAGACGCCGCCCAGCAAAAUCAAGCCUGCCCACUCACUGCCAGGGAAUGUCAUGGCAGAAUUGAAGGAUCGGCUGGAACAUGGCACACUGACAUCAAUGGGACGGCAGUCAAGUGGCUUUGGGCUGCAACCCACUUCGUCCAGCACAAGUGACUCCACACAGUGGGUCACCUUUGGAGACGAUCAGGAGAGCUCGGCGACUUCGCAAAGGAAAGAGGGUCCCCAACACGUGGGCAGGGUGGGCUCUGCACCCAACGUGAAGGGUGCAUGGGACAAGCUGAACCAACUAAAGACGAUUUCCGGUCGGAAUUUGAAGAAGCGCCUUGGACCACAGUUGGCCCAGGGAAUCAGCUUCCCUGACUUGGCAAGCUCUGGCGCCUUCAGAGAGCCUGAGCUGCCCACCUACUACCCCUCGACAUAUGCCCCCCCACCCAGCGGGCGGUCGUCAAGGGCGGACUCGAGCAGCAUUAUGGACUCUGGCAGCAUUAUGGCUGUCGACGAAGUGAAACAGUGGCAGGACGACCCCAUGGUCACACAGAGCAGAGGCACAGGCAUGUGCACACCCCCGCCCAGCCAGGGUCCACUGGCAAGCACCAGCAUGUCAUCCCUGUCCUCGAUGGACACCGGUGCUCCUUCAUCCAUCAGGUCAUUUGAUGGCACCCUCGGAAUGGCGCAGCCGCCACAGCAGCAACAGCAGCAGUCUGGGACCAGCUACCUGCAGUCGCAGCUGGGGAUGCCACAACAGCAGCUGGCCAGGCCGGCGGGGUCAUGGAUGCGGUUCGGAGAUGGUGGCGAUGUGCAAGGCAGUGUCCCUUCUACGGGCGUGUUGCAUGCAGGGCAGCCUGCAGUUGCAGCACAUUCCAGUGACAGUGCGGCAGGCUUGUCACAAGUGGCAAUGUCCAGCACAGCUCUGCAGGCCAGCACAGCGAUGGGUAGCUUUGUCGCAGUCCAGCAGAGUGACACACAGAUGACAUCAGCAUCCGCUUCAGCGUCCAGCUCUAGUGGCUUCCAUAACUUUGCCAAUUUUGAGGCGAAUUUCUCCCCUGUGGCUAGUGGUAUGGGCAGGCAUGGUGCCAGCGCAAGUGCUAGCGGAAGCCUCGGCCUGGCAUCUGAGGCCGACUGGGUCCCAUUUGGCGAUUCUGAUACCCCAAGCAGGGGCCAGUCAACGGGAGGCAUGGGAGGCAACUCAAGUGGUAGCCAAUAUUCUGGCGCUGCUAACCCAACGAUGCUUCAGUCAGCCCCAUCUACGUCUUCUACAUCCACUGUUUUUGGAGGCCAGUCAGACUCUACAACAUCCACUUCAAUGGGGCAGCAAACUGGCCCAAGGAGUGCACCAGAGGCGCAGUCAGCUUUGGAAAAUGCCGGAUCAUGCAAGACUGAGGAGGCUGCCAAGAAUGAACCUGGUGAAUCUGCAAGUAGCAUGGCCAGUGUGCUGAAAAGUGUGAAGCUGAAGAAGAAAAUGACAAGCACCGAUGCGCCUUAUGGUGGUGAAGAGUCUCAACAGUCUUUCGACAUUGGAAACAUGGACAUGGACACAUUGGUGUCCGCCAUGAUGGAGGGUGCAAAGCAAGAUGUAAAACCUGCCAAGGAAGCUGCUGUGCCUCAGCCCGAGGAGGCAGAGCCGGCUGCCCCCAAGCCGAAGAAGGCGGCCCCUCCUCCUCCACCACCACCUCCCGGGAAAGGCGGCAAGGGAGGCCCACCGCCACCACCACCUCCCCCAGGGAAAAAGGGCGGCAAGGCGCCAGUGCCCCCUCCCCCUCCUGGUGGCAAGCGCACCACUGGGGACACCGGCGUGAAACGUCAGCCGCAGGUGAUUGAAAUGUUUCAGGAGGUUCGCCGUGCGUUGUUGUCAAAUUCUAAGAAGCCUGGCGAGGGUCACAAGAAGCUGGGCGGCGCGAGCGGCCCUGUGGACCAGUCCCAGAUGUUUGCAGAGAUCGCCUCCAAGGGCAGCUACCAGGCGCAGGUCCAGGCCGACAUCAUCAAGUACGCUGAUGUCAUCGAGGAGCUGAUCAACGAGGUGAAGAGGUUCAAGGCCAGGGACAUGGAACACCUGGAGGAAUUCGUGAAUGGGGUGGACAAGGUGUUGGACGAGCUGUCCGACGAGACAGCUGUCCUGCGCAAAUUCGAGUGGCCAGCCUCGAGGUUCGACACGUUCCGCGAGGCCGUGGCGCUGUCCAGGGAGCUGACCGAGAAGAGGAACAAGUUCAAGCAGUGGCAGAGGGGGCAGGGGAAGCGGGCUGACAACCUGAAAGAAAUCCAGAAGUACAUGGAGAAAGUGCAGGACAGGAUGGACGUCCUCAACCGGACCAAGGAGUCCGACGAGGCGCGCUUCAAGAACCAUGACGUCCCGUGGAACAAGAAGCUUAUGACGGAGGUGAAGCACGCCUCCCUGCACGCGAUGGACUUGUACAUGCAGGUUGCGCUGGACGAGGCACACGAGGCGAUGAAGUCGUCACUCGCGGACAAGAAGAAGAGGGAGAAGGCGCUGGCAGUCCUGACAGCUACGAUCAAGUUCGCAUUCAAGGUCCAUCAAUGUGUUGGAGGCUUCAAUGAGGGCUGCUCGGCGAGGUUUGGCGAAGUGAGCGCCCUCACUCGACAAUUGACCUCCGAGAGGGACGCCGAAGGAAGCGCAGCUUGA